AUGGUAGUUGUGACCCCAGGUGAGGUCGAGACAGUGCAGCAGGUGACGCAAUCUUUGCUGAAUGCCAGCUUGCAGCAUGUGGAGAAGGUGGUGAUUGUUGACGGUGUGGGGGUCGCCUCAGCGGUGCCUUUUGAGGCAAGCGAUUUUCUGCCACAAGUCUCUGCAAAUUAUGUUGGCAGAUCUGGUGCGAACGUCUCGGCUGGUCUGCCAAUGCAACUGCUGAAUGGGUCUGAAGGUGACAGGUACUUGGUCUUCGUGUCCCUGGAUGAUGCCAUUGUUGCAGAACAGGCAGGCCAGCCCGAGUCUGACUCUGGCAGAAAACUCCAACUGCUGGGUUCAGUUGAUGUUUCUGUUGUGCGAUCAGACGGGACACAAGUUCCAGUUUCGUCUGAGCAGCCGAUUUUCAUCCGGGUGUCUGAGCCCUUGGCGGAGCCGAAUGCCAUUUGCGCCUUCUUGACUGCUGAAGGGCUGUGGUCCCGUGCUGGUGUCCGCAAAGCCACAGAGGACGAGUUGAGAAAUGCAUUGGGAGAGUAUUAUGCUCCGGGGUUUUGGUGUGCAUCGACGCAUUUGACAAUCUUUGCAGCUCUUCUAGAGCUUGCCCUGGCCUGCUCGAAUGUGGAAGUGCUGUCCCCACAUAUGUUGCAGAGACUGCAGGACAGCACAUGGUACCGCCGUACUCCGGGCAUCAUGGUUAUCUCGACGAUGGUGUGCUGCACGGCAAUCGUGCUGCUGGCCAUGGUGGCAGACCGCAGGGUACAAGCCCAACACCUGUGGAAGCAGCAGUUCCUGCUGACUGCAGUUCCCCCUGCGCGUGGACCCUGCUUGCCCUGCAACCCCUGCCAUUGCAGCGGCAAGCCCAGUGCUGCGCCCGCUAAAGAUGCCAAGGAAGUAGCAGGCGGCGAUGCAGACAUGGCGUUUGAGCCUCAAGGCCUUUGGGCCCGGACAAUGCACCGGACCAUGACCUGGGCCGCAGAGGGCAGGGCCGCGACCAUUUCCCUAGCUGCAGAGGGCGUGUUGCGUGGCAGGAGCCAUGCCAAGCGCAUGGGCACCAAGGUGGUGGUGCGUGGCGUGCUCCAAGCACUAGCCGCCAACUUGCGUGUAGAGGAGUCUUCGCUUCGGGGGCACGUGUGGAAUGGCCAGGGCUGGGUGCAGGGGAGCCUCGCGGUCGCCAAGAGCAAGCGCCUGGCGCAGCUCACCGCGAACCUGGACGACGAGCUGCCCCAGAUCUUCACCUCCUGGGGCAAGCGCCGCUGGUGGCGGGCGGCAUUGUCCUUUUGGGCCUGCCAUCCACUGGUGCCGAUGUUUUACGUCUGCUUUCACAUCACUUCGGCCAAACGCGCAGUGAUAUUUUCUGCCUUCCUUUCGGGCUCUUUGGCACUAUCUGCGCUCUUCAUGUCAACUGUAGGUGGGACACUGGAUGCAGCUAGUGAUUUGGAGUGCCCAGUGGACGACUCUGCUUGGCGCUUUCUGAUGAUCGGCCUUGCCUCUAUGGUGCUCAAUGCAGGGCCCCGCUUUUUCCUCUUCCGGUUGGGGCAGCGUCCCUUUGCCGCGGAGGCCAGGGCCAACAGCCAGUGGAGGGCAUGGCUGCGGGAUGACGCUAUUUUCUGGCUAUUUGCAGUUGCCUUAGUGGGUUUCUACUGGCUAUUCAUAUGUUCUUUCUUGGCCAACCUCUUGCCAACGGAUGAUUGGAAAUGCAUGCUGUGCUUUGCCACAAUCCUUGUGGGAAAGCUGUUCAUCUCCCCAUUCUGCAGAAUGUGCUUUCACCUGGUGUGUGCGGAAGCGACUUUGCUUGUCUUCCCGGACGUUCUCGCAGCGCCUCCCCCGGAGCUGGGGCUGCACAUGGACGUCAAGGGCGAGGAGCCCAAGGAGCAGAACGAAGUGGUGCGCCGGAAGAUCGUCGAGCUGGCCAACCGCGGGAUCCGGGUACGGGACCUGCUGGACUUCUACCAGAAGGUUCUCCAGGAGGACUUCUUCGACCCGGAGCGGUCAACGACCCACGACGUGGUCCGGCAUGCGAUCAUCCCUUGGUCGCUGAAGAGCGGCGAGCACGACACGGAUGAGGUGCUGGUGGAUUUGGACCAGCUCACGUCGAGCUGUGGCUUGAGCUUCACGGAUUCUGAGCCGCACGAGCUGAAGGGUCUGGCCUACGCCUCAGUGGUGAACAACUCACAGCCGGUGCCUGCCUUGAAAAUGGUGACCCAUGGCUGGGGCAACAUCUUCCGCCACCUGCUGGCAGCAGUUUUUGCAGAUGCCUUGGGGCAAGAGACCUACGACGUGACAUUGGAACUUCUGGACGAGCCGGAAUUGAAGACAAUGCGCUCGCAGCUGGCUUCUAUGGGCAAGAUGGACACCCCGUACUGGAUAUGCGCCUUCUCCGUGAAUCAGCACGCGGGCAUAUGCGGGCGGGUGCCAGAAGCGGACACGCUAGGCCGCCGCUUUACAGCCUGCAGCUGUGCCAUGCCCAAGUUCUUCACAGGGGACGAGUGCGAGAUGAACAAGUUCGACGACAUGAUCGAGUACCUACGUGAGUACAACGCACAGGAGCGCAAGGCAGGUCGAGAGACCGAGCGCUUUGGACAGGUGGUGGCAAUCGACCUCGCGUUUGAACUCUUCACUCGCAUUUGGUGCGUUGCUGAGCUGGUCCAAGCAGAGAAGUUGCAUCUGCCACAAGCGUUGAAGAUGCAUUCCCUCAGCUCGAGAGAGCGCUGUCUUGAGAAGUUGCGAGACUUGGACGUGCGGAAAGCGCAGGCCAGCUAUGAGGCGGAUCGCGACCUC